AUGGCUGAUACUCCGGUCUCCCACGAUCCGACUCCAUCGCAUCAGGCACCUUGCUAUGAUGCACGACAAGCUCCCGCUCCCGGUUAUCAGCCGACACCGGUGCUCCAGGCGUCUUCAAGGGCUCCUCCUACAGGCACAAAGCAUGCCAACGGCGGCCAGGACCAGCCGGAUUAUCAGAGAGCACUGGUCUUUGUGCAUCGCUAUGAGCACCUUAUCUGCCGGACAGAACAAGACGCAUCUGUGUUUUUCGAGGAGGCUGAAGACGACACCCGGAACUGGAUCUACCAGUUUUCGGGCAUCUGGAGGCUAUACGUUGGAAAACGACUGGACGAGCGGGCAGAACAGGCCGCCCUUCGCCACCAAGAGCACCUCUCCAUACCGCCGCCCCUUGAGGAACUGGAAGAUGUAUGCCGGAUGUCUCCUUUGUCGCAACCGCAGCAGCUACAACAACCGCAGCAGCCGCCUCGUGCGUCUGGCGACAUGGAUUCGAUGGUUGAAGUCAAGCCAGUUGCAAGAGCCGCGCCCUCGCCCCAAAGCACGGCGUCCCCUCCACAAAAGCUCGAACAAGUUCCUCCACGUCAGAAAAAGACCAUUAUACGAGAGGAGCGCGCUACGCAGGCAGUCAAAGAGACCAACAAGCCCCAAAACCCAAGGAGCACGGCACCUCUUUGUCCUGCAAGCGGUGAGCGGGCGGGCGGGCGCUCGCCUUACUCCUCCUUCCUCCGAACUAAGACGAUUGACGAUUGUCCUGUGCUUCUGGACAAAGAUUCUCACACACACUUGCGGUCCUUGAAGCACCUCGGCCUGUAUGAGGACGAGAACCUUUACCUCUGUUAUCUCAUGUACGGCGUUGGGAGACGUCGUCGAUGCCCAUACUGGGAGAAGCCUGAAGAGUGCAUGAACAAUCAUGCACUCACGCAAGACCAGCUCAACUGGUGCGUGCAAAACCGCUGUCCAGACAAAAAGUGGGUGACCAUGAUAGUCCAGAACUGGAACGCAAACAAGCCGAAGAAUGAGCCGAAGCUCUAUGUGCCAGUUUUUGCUGCCGGGCCGGCGCCCACGCCUAACGAGCUGCUCCGGGCUAGCCAGUCCCAGUCGUCGAACCAGCCGUCGAACCAGCCUGUGCAGCCCCCCAAGCAGCUUGCUCAAUCCAGCAAGCAGCCCGGCAAACAGUCCAUCGGCGGGUCUAGUACCAGACAACACCCGGCUGACACGCUCCACACUGGCUUGGAACAAGGUAAUCGCCUCAAGAGGAGGCAGACCGAUUCUUGGCAAGGUAACAGCCGCAAGAGGAUCCAACAAGAGGACAACAACAUGCCGGCUCGGGCUGAGCAGUUGAGGCCGACGCAGACAAGGGUCUUCCACGAACGGUACAGCGGCCGGGCCAACCGCUAUACGCAAAGGGACCAUGAUAACGACUAG